UGCAGACUGCUUGCUAAGUUGAUUUGCUCAAUUUGCUGCUUGCUAGCCUUCUACAGUGCUCCGGCUGCUUGCCUGGUUGCUUGGCUUUGGCUAGUUGGCUUAGUUGCUCGCGUAGUUGCGUUGGCCGCGUUGCUGCUUGCAGUUUCUGCUUGCUUUGUUGCUUGCUAUUUGCAAAUUUAGCUGCCCUGCAGUUGCAAAUUGCAAUAGAUUCAAGCUCAGCAAGGUCGGCAAAAAGAAAGGCUCUAGAAAGAGGUAGUUGUGUUAUGUGUAACAAUAUUGUCUAUACAUUUUUUUAUUAAAUUUAGCUCUUUAUUUUAAUGCUAAUGUAUGCUUGCUCUUUGUUUGACAACUUAUAUUUGGUUAAGUUACUGAUUUGACAUAUAAUCUACAAGGAAUUCUUCAUCUAAGGUACUUCUUAAUAAUGUUUUUAUACUAAAUUUUGUUUUACUGCAAGAUAUAUUUUUGUCAUUGCCAUACCUUAUUUUUAGGUCGUGCUCCGCCACUGGGGAGGGAGGUGGUGGGGAAUGGUGGCGGCGACGCUCCGGUGGGUGCUGCAGCUGCACCGGGACGUACCGCGGGCAGCACGGUUCUACUCGGAGGGUCUCGACUUCAGUGUAAACGUCUGCACGCUCCGCUGGGCCGAGCUGCAGUCGGGGCCGCUCAAGCUCGCACUCAUGCACACCAACGACAGUAAUCUUGCAUCGCAGAGAGUCUAUUCUUCAAUGCUCUCCUUCACUGUACCAGACAUAAACAGUGCCGUAUCGAAGCUAAUGGCAUUGGGAGCCGAGUUGGAUGGGCCAAUCAAGUAUGAGAUCCAUGGAAAAGUUGCAGCACUGCGAUGCAUCGAUGGGCACAUGCUAGGCCUGUACGAGCCAGCUUGAAGAACUCGUGUCACAACGAAAGUAUUGAGAAGUUCCAUUAACCACUCACUGAAGACUGAUGUGUAUGUCCGGCAAAAGAUCUUUCCGCGUAAGACAACUUACUGGGUCUGGUGUGCAUGAAGUGGCAGAACUCCUUUUGUUAGCAAAAUCACGAGAGACACGGUGGAUGGUUUGCAGUCUACCAUUCUCUUCCUCGUGCUGCUGGUUAUGAUACACAUUUUUCUCGAACUGAAUGUGCCUAGCAGGUCGUCGUGGUAAGCUGAAGCCAGGUUUCAGUGGUCCUGCUCGGUCAUGGCCUUGCUUCAUGGCAUUGUGCCAGUACAUCUAAUUCAAGUUUCAGUUGUAGUUUGACUGACAUUACAUGUGUGCGUAGUUUCAAUUUGCAAUUCAAGUGCAGGAGUGCUCUGCCCCUGAUCAUCCAUGUAAUUGAAAUUCUUCUGUAAGCAUUUGUUCUGACAGUAUAAUUGUGGACCAUAAAGUUGCUGUUAACUUGUGUGUA